UCAAAAUUCCAUAUCCAUCUUCAACAGAACUGACCCACUUCCACAUUACAAAUAGACCCCAUUUUUAACUCCCGAGGGAACAUUACUGUUCUUAGCUUUUCGAAAAGAACCCCAGAGAGAGAGAGAGAGAGAGAGCAAUGAGUAGUGAAGGGCCAUCGCCAUUGGUGCCAUCUUUAAUGGUGGGAGCGCUGGGAUGGGUGAUCUUUGGCCCUAGUUUUCUAUCCAUUAUGGACUCUGUUCUGCCAUGGGCUCAAGCUGGAGAUCCAGAUAGUGGCAACUUUUAUGUGCUGUUGGUGCUUGUGCUUCUUUUAUUGUUGGUUCUUGUGCAGUUGUUGUCCAAGUUUUUCCCAACUCCACGGCUACGCAUUGGUAUGUUUCAGCAAACAAGAAGUGGCUCUGCUGGUUCUGAUGAUGGUGAUUCAGAGGCUCGUUCGAGUUGGAAGCUUGUCGAAGCUAUAUCACAUUAUCUAAUGGCUCUUUUCUUAUUUUCGAUUAAUUAAUUCCGAUUAUAAUGGCAUGUAUAGGUUAAUUUAGCCAAUGUUGGCAUAUAAGUGUUUUGUUGAGACUAACCACUUAUUUGACUUGUGUUUGGUAUAUUUUGAGGUGUAUAUAUAUGUGACUUUACCAUAUUGGUUGUAUGUGAUGAUAUUACAUGUUUCAAA